UACCCACAGUCAAAAAAGUACUUUUGCUACUUAUACGAUGGCUAAGUGCUUUUCAUUCUCUCUCUCUCGUUUUCUGAUCUUUUCGUUUGUGCUGCUACAGACACAAACGGGGAAUGGGUCAAAUGCAACACCGAUCAAGUUGAGAGUAGGGGUACCCAAGAAAGAUGGUUUCCGCCAAUUUGUGGAUGUAGUACCUUCGGACUCUCAUGAAAAAAAGUACAACGUAUCUGGAUAUUGCAUGGAUGUUUUCAAUGCCGUUGUUACCCGCUUACCUUUCAAGGUUUCUCUUCAUAUUCAACAACCUUAUGGUAUUGAAUCAAGUGAGAUUUCUGGAACAUACGAUGCACUUCUCCAUCAGAUCCCAGCAAAGUACGAUGUUGUGGUAGGGGAUGUAACAAUUCUGGCGAACCGUUCAAAUUUCGUAGAUUUCACGCUGCCAUAUACAGGUUCGGGAGUUAAAAUGUUAGUACCAGCUCAACAUGGGAGGCAACAAGCCAUGUGGAUUUUCGUGAAACCAUUCAGCUGGGAGCUUUGGUUGAGCAUAGUCAUCAUCUCUACCUUCAUAGGGUUUUCCAUACUCAUCAUGGAAAGAAAUGUAAAUGCUCUUCCUGAUCACGAGGGUUCGCCAAAUCGAGCAAAGCUUAGCCCUGCAACCAUCUUAUGGUUUCCAAUUUCACAAGCCAUUCUUCCUGAAAGACAAGUAGUGGCGAAGAACUGCUCGAGAUUUGUGUUGAUGGUAUGGCUUCUAUUGGCGUUCGUGCUCAUGCAAAGUUACACUGCAAACUUGACUUCUAUAUUGACUUUGGAUCAGUUAAGACCCAGUUUUCUGAACGUAAAUGAUCUAAGAAAAGGGGGUUAUUAUGUUGGAUAUCAAACCGGGUCUUUCGUUAAAGAUGUGCUGGUUCAUCAAUUUAAUUUUGACUCGCACAAGCUGAGGGCAUACAACACAAGUUCUGAGUAUCAUGAUGCUUUAAAAAUGGGAAGCGAAGGUGGGGGUGUUGCAGCUAUAUUCGACGAAUUGCCCUACCUUAAAGUCUACCUUAGAGAAUACGGAUCCAAUUACAUCUUGUCGGGCCCAAGAUAUAGAAAUGCUGGGUUUGGUUUUGCAUUUCCUUUUAACUCCAAUCUCACUGCUGACUUUUCGAGGGCCAUCUUGAAUGUGACUGAAAGUGAUUUAAUGAAAGAAAUUGAGGAAAAAUAUUUUGGGAAGAAUGAUGAUAUUGGAGGAGAAGAGACGUCUACUGAAAUUUCUUCUGCUACUCUAAGUCUCAACUUUCAUAGUUUUGCAGGGUUAUUCUUGAUUACAGGGAUUUCUACUUUAUUAGCGCUAUUGGUCUCAGAAACUGUUAUUUGGCAAAGGGCGAUUUUGAUAGCCAAGGCAUACAGUCAGAAGUUUUUGUUCUCCACUCCACCUUCCCCACAAACACGAGUUCAUCCAACUCAAGAUUCAACGCACGGAUCAAUAGAGGCCGUUUAAUAAGUCCCUUCUCAUCAAAGAUUUCCUUGCAUGCAGAUGGAAAUUAAAUUCUGUAUAUAUGUAUGUAUGGCUUGGCAAACUUGUAGAACUCGUCUGUGUGUAUAUAUAGUAUAUGGCAAAAAUAAUAGGAGGAAAAAGCUUAAUUAGGGGGUCAUAUGUAUGAACUUUAGUUGAAGAUUAUUAAUAUGCAGACUCUUAUCUUGCGCACUUUUUGGACUUUAA